AUGUCUUUGACCAUUGCUUUUACAUACGGAGACCCUCGAAUGAUGACAACUGUCUUCCAAGCCGUUAAUUUUGCCAAAGAAAUAAGAGGUCGACGUCUUAAUGGAAGUGUUAUUAGAGAAAUAAAAGUGGAUUCAGAGAGUUCUUGUCGACUACAUUGCGUGAAAGAAAGCUCAUGUGUGUCAUACAACUUUGGAUCCACAAUGAACAACAAUCAAGUAAAGAAAACGUUUCAACUGAAAUGAUUGUUGAAUUCUUCUUCUUCCUUCACUACCCCACCUCUUUGUGUAAAGAUAAUACUUAUAGGGGUCUUUAAAACAAAAAAAAUAAAGAAAGUUUUGUUCAAUAAUAAAAAUAAAGAAAGUUGUGUUCAAAUAUUAAGCCAUGUAAACUAGUUCUCUCUUGAAUGACUCAAAGCCUGGCCUCUUAAUUAUAUCUUCUAGUAAAUAGUUCAGUCCCUGAAAAUACGUGAGAAUUAUGAGUUCUUGUGGUAAAUCUGUUUUAAAGGAAAAUAUUUAAUAAACCCAAUCUUUCAAUUAUCUCUAUUCUAUUUCAGAUCUGUGCAUGUGUUUGCAAAAAUUUUAAAAUAAAAGAAUCAUUUAUCAGUGAACUUGAAAGAAAAUAAAGCAACAAACUAAUGGGGCUCCUUCCUUACGAACGUAACUGUUUGCAUGGAAACUUCGAGGUAAUUCUAUGAAUCAAACACAACUUGACAUAACAUACUGAUUUAUUCAAGAAAAGGAGGAAACAGAGGUUCUACCUCAAAAAAGGAAAAAUUAGGACUAAGAUUAUCUAUGUACUAUCUAUUUACUAUCUACUUAUUUUUGUAUGAUAAAAUAACCAGUAAAAAUAGUUGACACACAAGGUUAAGGAGAUGCUCAGGUCUCUUCUUCAACUUUUAAAACCUUUUGGCUUCAAUCGUAUUUCUCGGCAGACUGUUCCACUCGCGUACCUUGCGGACGGCGAAAAAUUCUUGAAAGCGUCACACUUUGCUAACUUAACAGAUGAUUUCAAAGAAUGGUUUCCUCGAGUAGAUUUAUACUUUGCAAGUUCGAAAAAAAUAACUAAAUUAAUUUACGCCAUACACUAUCUACCAAGAGGGAGAGGAUAAGUCUGUCUGCUCGUUCAGUUUUUUCGGGCGCUUUUUGUAUGUCAUCAUAACUGUUUCUGACAAGGAAGCUCUUCUUUCGACUUUUGCCGACAGAACCAUGUCUUUGGAUGACGACUCCAGACCAAGGCUGCACAUUUCACCACAGAACGCACAAGAUGAUUAUAUAUCGUCGAGAAAGCCUCGGGAUUCGAAGAGACCAAUUUUCUAUGGAUUAAAUCUAAUACUUUUUCUUGCUUUGAUUCCUAGAGUAUAAACGUGUUCGCUUCGUGACAGGUUCGAGGCAAUCAACGACAACAAUUAGACCCCCAUCCCCCAUAAAAGGGCAAAAGAGAUUAAAUUGAAGUAAUAUGGGAUUGGAGGAUUCAAUGUGUCAACAUUAUUAUCGCCAAUUGUAGGUCUCUAGUACUGUUGACGGUUGUAAGACUUGAAAUCGACAUGUAUGUUGGCAAGAACUUGUUCUGUCUCUGUGCACUAUUCACCAGUACUUCUGAGUUGUCGGGAUUGAAGUGCAAAUUCCAUUUCUAAGUCCAUGCUGCCAGCUCAUCGAUAUCGAAUUCUGGUCCCUAUUUUUUUUUUCUACGUUUUCCAGUUCCCUUUAUACUAUAUCAUCUUAGUGUCAUCGGUGGACACCAACUUAAUUGUGAUGGAGAUGUUUGAUGAAAUUAAUUGACAUGUAUUAAGAACAGAAUAAGAACAAGGAUCUUGGGAACAACAGACAACAAUCUGGUCCAGGAAGAAUAAGUGCCACCCACCACGACGCGAUUUGGGCAGCCGGUUAAGAGAUUUCUAUACCAAGAUAGUAGAGGUCUAUCUAUCCCAUGGCAUUUUAGCUUACGCAGCAAUCGUUCUUGGGGUACGAAAUCGAAUGCUUUCAAAGGGUCUUAAAAUGACAUCCGUUAGUCUUGAUUUGUGUCUGGGUGUCCAUAACAUGCCAAAAAAGUACACAGCGAAAAUAUUAAGUUUGCUUCGCUGAUUAAUCUUUACUUCAGAGAAAAUGAUGUCGAUAUGUAGGUACUUUUAAACAAUUUGAGCCUCGAGCGCUAAAGCUGUUCUACUGAUACUAUUUUUCCCCCUCAUGGGACAGAGAAGUAAUCCCCAUUUUCUUUUAAGGCCACCGGUGGGCAGAUUUCACAACAAUUCAGUGAUACUCGAUCGUCCUCAUCCGAAAAAUCCAGAACGUCUAACCAUUUAAAGAUAUCAUAGCAAAGGUAACGCAUUGCCCUCAGUUAUUAAACCCUGAGAGUUAGUCUGCUCCAUGAACUUGAUGUUGGCAGGUCUGGAAGCUUCCGAUCUGAUUCAAUCUGAGAAUAUGAAACACGUGCAAUUUUAAAAGUCUAUCAAUCAAUCAAUUCAUAGGAUACCUUUAUUACAAUAACAGUAAUAAGGGACUUUUGUUUUUACAGAGCCAUUGUGAGGUCAGCUCUUUCCUUUGUGCAAAGAACGAUAUCUGUGUUCCCAACUAUAAAGACAACACUGCAGAAUGA